UGUAGAAAAAUGUUACUGAUGUUUAAAGUUUAAUCAACUGUACCUAAUCAGAAAACAGGAUUUUGAAACUGGGAUUUUCUGCAUGAUAGCUGUCCAUCACGAAAUGAAAGCAAAAUCAUUAGGAGGAGGAAAUUUUAUUAAACAGACAAAAGCAAAGCAUUACGACAAUGGGCUUCAGCUACAAAAUUUCAACAAUUGCCCAUUUUCUUAUACACUGGAUGCUUUGAUUAAAUAUGGCAAAUAAUUUGAUUACCUUACUAAAGUGUUGGUUUCUGAAACCAUGGCAACAGUUGAAGACCAAGUAAAAUGGACUAGAGGUAGUAAACCUGUAGUCUAGACAACAAGCUGCAUCUAUUGAAAGAUAACAUACAGAGAUAAUGCCCUGGAAUUAUCCAUUGUGCUUUUAUAAUGAUGCCAUAAUUAUGUUAGUAGCUGAAUGUAUAUCAUUGGAUUAAGAAGAUUUAUACUGUACGUCAGCAGAGAAAGUUGAUAUUGAAAUAGAUUGUCCACAUAUAUCAAUUUGAAUGAUGUCAGUUAGUUCAAAAGACUAUUUUUAGCCAUUGACUUUCUCAUGCUACGACUAGUCCUAUGCACACACAGGUCUCCACACAUUAGAGACCCAUGGAACACUGUCAUCGACAGCUACCAGCUUGCAUGCUUACAAGAGCAGAGGAACACUUUGCUGAUGAUGUAGUUAAUACCUUUACAUACUGGCAGGCUUUAGGCUGGAUUGAAGAAAAGCAAAUCUUUUUAAAAAUAUUUAUUGAUUUACUCAAACUCUAUCCAAAACUUAUCCAAGAAAAAGCUUAUGAUACUCUCUGGAAUUUUAUUCUCCCAUUAUUACCAAAUUCUGUUUCAGGUUUAGCUCAGCUAGAUACUGUCUCACCUCUUCAUGUGCAAAUUUCUUCACCAGCCACUUCCCCAGAAUCUGCCACAUGUAUAGAUAGCUUUUUAAUUAGUACUAACCAAGAGGCAAAAGAUAUUAAGAAUGAGACCUUACAACCAACUACUGUGAAAGUAUCUGAUACUGUUUUUAAAAAAAAAGUCCAAUUCAGAAAAAAGAAAAAAAGCACAAAAAUUUCCAAAAUUCCUUCAGUUUUUGUUUCAUCUGCUGCAUCUCACCUGGAGAGUAAGAGAUUACCUCGAGAAAACACUCUGUAUUCAAGUAAAGUGUUUGUAUGUCGGGAUCCAAAUAAUGUCAAAGAUAUUAUAAGUUCUGCUGUAUUAGGAUCUGUAUCAGCUGUUACAUUUCUCCAUUGUAUGGUUCCAACUUUACAAUCAACAAAUAACAUAAUCACAGAAUGUAAUGCUUUUAUAUUCAUUUUUAAUGACUCAACCAUUUCUUCUAGCGAAUGUCUUUCACAACUGAAACAAGCUCUUGACUAUCAUUUGCCAAUUAUUUUUGUGCGUUACCCAGACUUUCAGCUUCCAUGUAAUAUGAAAGAGAUUAUAACCAAAUGUUGUGAAUCAACUGAUAAUCUAAAUCAGUAUCUUUCUGUAAGAAGGCGAAGCUUUGUAAUUUCGAAUUCUUUGAAGAACAAUCCAAAUUUAAGUGACAUUGGUUGCUUGUCUGGCCGAGAAAUGACAUCUACUUCUCCUUUACUAAAGCAUUCAAAGAACAAUAAAAAAUCUCUGUUUAUUUCUACCAAUAAAAAAUCUGAAAUCUUUCAAAAAACUGUUCAAAAUGUGAUAAAUGCCUUACAGAAUGGCUACAAACAAUCACACUUGUACUCUUAUAAGUUACAUGUCAGUUGUAUUUCACAAAUUAUAGAUUCUAUAGCUCGUGUUCUUAAAGCACCAAUAUCUUAUGACACUGCAUAUUUCCAACAGACCAAAAAAUAUCCCUGCAAGAAAACCUCACUUCAUUCCAAGAUUACUUCACCAAUGAAUAAGAAAAUAGAGAAACCAAAGAACAUUGCAAAAGAAAAACCAACUGAUGACUGCAGCCAAGUACCACAAUUUCCAAAUGUAAAUCCAAAGGCAAGAUGGUCAGUUAUUCAGAAAAACAAUGAUAAUGCAACAGCUUUGUCAUCCUCUACCUCUAUAGAAAUGGAAAAAAAUAUGCAUCAGACACCUAACACAUCAAUUCACAAUAAUAGAUGUAACAAUCCUUAUGGGCAUCCAUCUACUGAUAGUUCUCAAGGAAAAGAAACUUCUUUUAUUAUAUUUCCAAAAAGUAGUUCCCAACUCAAUCAAAAACCAAUAGUAGUGAAGUGGCCCCCACCUUGGAAUGGUCUUGAUUUAGAAAAUGUGAAAAAUGUACUAAGAGAUGAAACAGAAUCUCAGAUUUCUAGCAAUUUUGUUGACCUGGACCUUACUAAAGAAUUUAAUCCAUAUUCUGAAGAUGAUUUUAUUUGAGAAAA